AGAAUGGAGAAGAAUUACAAGUUCUGCGAUAUGAGGAGGGGCAGAAAUAUGAGCCGCACUAUGAUUACUUUGUAGACAAGAUUAAUAUUGCUCGAGGUGGACACCGCUUAGCCACCGUACUUAUGUAUCUCACUGAUGUCGAAAAGGGUGGUGAAACUGUCUUUCCUAAAGCAGAGGAAGCACCUCGCCGUAGGUCGAUGACAGUAGAUGACAGCUUGUCUGAAUGUGCAAAGAAGGGCAUACCAGUGAAACCGCGGAAAGGAGAUGCCCUUCUUUUCUAUAGUCUCCAUCCAAAUGCCACUCCUGAUCCUCUUAGCCUCCAUGGUGGGUGCCCUGUCAUUCAAGGUGAGAAAUGGUCAGCAACAAAGUGGAUUCAUGUGAAUUCCUUUGACAAAACUGUGGAUACCGAAGGAAAUUGCAGCGACCGUGAUGAGAAUUGUAAGAGAUGGGCUGCCCUUGGGGAAUGCACCAAGAAUCCAGAGUAUAUGCUUGGAAGUGCAGGCCUUCCAGGAUAUUGUAGGAAGAGCUGCAAAGCCUGUUAACUCAUUAUACUUCUCUCUCCCACUAAAUCUGAAUUUAGAGGCUGACAAUUCUACUACAUACCCGAAUUUUCUCACUAUAUAUGCUCUUUUCUUUUCUUCUUGGCGAAUGGAUGUUUGAGCAUUACAUUGCAUCUUCUACUUGAGUCAUUUUUUCUCUUC